AUGGGUGUUAUUUGCUCCCUGACCACAAGGAGCCUGCAUCGGAUUAUUCUUUGGUUUGCGCCAAUUAAUAUUCUCGCAUCCAUUGGCAUAUGCAUUGCUCUUCUCGUUCUCACUCCAAACAAACAGCCUGCAUCAUGGGUAUUCACCCAUGUCACUGAUGGAUCGGGCUGGCACUCUAAAGCUUUCUCUUUCCUCCUUGGCUUCAUCGCCGUGGCUUGGACGAUGACAGACUACGACGGAACUACUCAUAUGUCAGAGGAAACCCAUGACGCUGCCGUCCGAGGACCUGUUGCUAUCCAAACAGCGGUUGUGGUAUCCGAACUUGAAGCUAUUCUACAUUCACCCACCGGCCUCCCAGCUGCGCAGAUCUUCCUCAAUGCCGGGGGAAGAACCGGCGGAACGAUCAUGUGGUCGUUUGCUGUCCUUGUGCAAUUCUUCACCGGCUGCUCUGCCAUGUUAGCAGAUACCCGCAUGGCAUACGCUUUUGCCCGUGAUGAUGCUUUGCCCUUUUCAAGAGUUGACCAACGAGUCGAAUAUGAUAGGGUUUUGGCCAAAAUAAACCCAUACACGCUUACCCCGGUUAACGCAGUGUGGUUUGUCGUCUUCUUUUCAAUAUGUCUCAACUGUAUUGCCAUCGGUUCCACCGAAACCGCAGCCUCCAUUUUCAGCAUCACCGCGCCUGCACUCGACCUGUCCUAUAUUGGUGUUAUUCUGGCGCACAGGUUGUAUAAGGACAAGGUUAGGUUUAUCGAGGGACCUUUUACCCUAGGUAAAUGGGGCGCAGCCAUCAACUGGAUUUCCAUCACUUGGGUGCUCUUCAUCAGCGUCGUCCUAUUUUUCCCACCUGUCCAACCGGUGACGCUACAGAAUAUGAAUUAUGCAAUUGUUGUAGCUGCCUUUAUCGCCCUAUUUGCGCUCUCGUGGUGGUGGCUUUCAGCUAAGGGGCGAUACACUGGCCCACGGACCAAGGAUCUUCUCGAGGAAGUCCCGUCAGAGGAUUUUGAGCCAGGCACCUAUGGCAGCUUUGGCGUGUGA